GGAAGGUUCCGUAGAGCAGACGUUCCGGGUGCAGUUUACUGGUCUCUGCAGAGAGUGAAAACCUCUGUCAUUCAGACAAGAUGCAGUGUCCUUAAUAAACAGCAGUGAAACAAAACUACUUAGUUUUUGCGGAUGAAAGAAGAUGUUUCAGUGCCUUGAGCCAGAGAGGAACGAGGAGACAGGACCGGUUUAUGUGCGAGAGAGAGGAAAGCUGUCAGUUGUUGGGUCACAUGUCUCUGAGCUCAGGACUCGCCCAUGCCGCCUUUUCUCUAAAGGAUUCUCAGUGGAACUAUGUGGGAAGCAAGAAGAUACCUCAAGACACAGGCAGAAACCUUUUAUUUUUACAUAUACUAAGGAGGGAAGCUUACGCUACUCUGCCAAGUCACUCUUUACCCUGACACUUGAUCUAAUCACUGACAACAUCCACUAUGUAGACUCCCUGAUGGGAUUUCCUGACCAGAUUGCAGAGAAACUCUUUACUGCUGCAGAAGCCAAGCACAAAUUUUUUACCCCUUGCAAUGGGGUAAUGGCCCUGCGCAAAUUCACUGAAGCUUAUGGAGACCUGGUGCUGUCCUCCUUGUGUCUACGUGGCAGGUACCUGUUGAUCUCUGAGAGAUUAGAGGAGAUAAAAUCUUUCCAAUGCCUCCGUUCCCUGGAUUUAUCAUGUUGCAAACUGGGGGAUGAGCAUGAGUUGCUGGAACACCUUAGUUCUGAUCCAAUGAGCAGCCUGACAGAGUUGUACCUAAAAGAUAACUGCUUUUCUGAUACUGGUAUACGGAAAAUGACGGCUUCACUACGCGUUUUAGGGAAAGGCUUGGAUGCACUAAAAGUGCUGGAUCUGUCUUCUAACCCAGGUAUAACAUAUAGAGGAGUUUUGUUCCUAUUUGGUUUUAAGCUACUUCAGUUUUUGGACCUCUCUGAUACCAGUAUACAGGAUCGCAGUAGAACAGUUAAGAAGAUUGAGACUAAAAUUGGUUUAGUUCUCAGCAAGAAACCAAUAAUUCAAUUUGAGCAUAGGAACUGCCGGACUCAGGGAUGGGCAGAACAGCUAUUGGAUCAGUGGGAAAACUAUAUCUUCUCAGCUAUUAAACCAAAGGAUACACUGAAAUCACGGAAAGCAGCACAGCAGUUCUAUGGAAAAGAAACAAAACAGAACCCUUUGGAUUCAGGGAUUUGCACCUUGUUGACUCCAGUGGAACAAAAACAAACACAUCUGCAGUUUUUCAGGCCAGAGGAACAGAAGGAUUCAGACUCUUCUAAAUCAGACAAAAGACAAAGGUCAACCAAGAGAACUGGAGCAGACCCUGGACAAGAAGAUUGUACCAUUGCUCCUGCCACAAAGCGCCCACGGGUUACACUUACUGCUGCAGACUGGGACUUGCUAAACAGUUACUGAGCAUCCAUAGGUGCUUUAUUCUUUGUGAACUUGUGAGCAAAUGAAGCAAUGCUCCUUUUGAAAUGCCAUGGCUUCACGGUUGCACCUAAUUUCCUCUUACUUUGUGCUGCUAUUGAAUUCAAAUAAUGUAACUGAUUUAUUUUGUAUUUACUUAAAAAUUAAGAUUAUUUAUCAUUUUUCACACAAAAAAAGUGGUUUUAGUAAUGAUUUUAUUUUUUUACUUGGGAUGGCUCGCCCUUUAUUGCCUGCUAAACAAAAUAAUUGACUGGCCUUACUCAAUGUUAAUCAUCAGUGAGAUUCCAUCCUGUCCUGUAGAGUUCUCGUUCAAGCAGUUAAGAGCAGUCCAGCAGGAAGAUUCAAUACUAUGGAGGUUAGAGAUUGUUACCCUGAACAGCAUUGGGUUACAUAACAAAGUUUCUGUUUACCUUUAUAAACAACAGGCGGGGAAAGGUAGAUGUUUGUUAGAUCUUGGCAGAAAAUGUUUAUUUGAGCAAACUGCAAAGUUGGUCACAUGGACAUGCUUUUGUAAGGAAAUAAAUCCAGUAUUUAACUAAAGCAA